ACAAACACACAUGUAUAUACCUACAUAUUCACAUCUCACUUGUUAAGAGAGAAAGCGAGAAAGAUGGCGAGAAGAAGGGUGGGGGGAGUGGAGAGAGAGAGAGAAAAGUCGGAAUCGAUCCACAGGUUGCGCGCGCUUUCUAAGUUCACAGAAGCGCUAUCAGUGGUGCGAUUUGGAAGCUCGUGCCGGACACAUAAUUUCCACUUAGUACGUGUAAAUAAACUUGCAUCCUUCUUACUACCUGUCGUUGCUUUCAAUGAAAUCGAUUAGGCGUCGUUGUUGUUGUCGUUACAACGCGAGUGCGAUACAAGCGUAGAAUAAGUGUAAGAGUUGGAAAGGACAAGGACCUGCAUACAUAGCAACGAACUCGUGAACCCAAAGGCGCCAGGCCAAGGACGAGUGGAACGGAGUUUAGAGGAAAGCUGCUAGGGGUUUCUCGUUGGAUGAGAAAGGCUGAUGCUAGUGGCUGUGGUGAAUGUACGUGGAUCGAGGCCAACGGAGGUUGGCAGAGACUGAUUUCGUCAGCAGGCUACCACUAGAAGGGGUGGUUUGCCUUGCGUGUCAAUACACAUCAAUGAUUCAGAUGGGUGUUGGACGUGUCACCGACUCACAAGAAUUACGAGAACAUAAGAAACGGCAAGGUUUAUGUGAGUCACGAUGUGACAAAUUUCGAAUUCCUUUACGAGCCGUUCUACGUGGCAAAGGAUACUGCACCAGCUCACGACGAAAGAUUCAUGGGAUAUGGAUAUACGAGAAACACUCAGCAGAUAUACAUCCUAGAAUUAUAGGAGGAACGACUACCACGAUAACUGCACAUCCAUAUCAAGUAUCCAUCAUUUAUAAAAAUAAACUUCUCUGUGGAGGUUCGAUAAUAAGUAAAUUAUGGAUACUAACCGCUGCACAUUGCAUUGAUAGUGUAAUAGCCCAAGCACUUUCCGUUCGUGUUGGAAGUACUUAUUUUACUAAAGAUGGUACACUCAUCCAGAAUAUAGCUCAACUUAUUCCACAUAAUCUUUAUGACGAUCAUACUUUUGAUUAUGACGUUGGCUUGAUAAAGUUAGCGUCAGAGCUGAAGUUCAGUUCGACAGUGAAUAUAGUGAAAUUACCUUCGGUGAACGCAAACGUGCCAGGUGGAAUCAAUGCUAUCAUCACGGGAUGGGGAAAGACGGGAACGACGGAUACAUCUAACGCGUUGCAAGCUCUGACAGUACCUACCAUCGAUCAACAAAAAUGCACCGAAAUCUUUCGUAAGAGCCCGUAUCAAAUCACGCAGCGAAUGAUGUGUGCCGGUUAUCUCUCCGGUGAUAAGGACGCCUGUCAGAGUGAUUCCGGCGGACCUCUCGUGUAUAAUGGCGAACAGAUAGGUAUCAUAUCCUGGGGUUUAAAGUGUGCAACCAAAGGUUAUCCUGGAGUAUAUACAAAAACGUCUGCCAUACGUGCUUGGAUAACAACUAUGACAAAGUUCUUUCCUGGCUUUUGUCUCGACUCGUCUCUCAUCAUGCGUACUCGACUCUUCCUAUCGUUUCUUUUUCUCUUCGCACAGCUGGUUCUCUCUCAGGAUUUUAAUUGGGAUUACGACGAGGGUCGCAUUGUUGGUGGCCAACAGACCAGCAUUCAUCAGCACCCCUACCAAGUUUCUGUUCGAUUUAAUAUUCGUCACAUUUGCGGUGGUGCUAUCAUUAGUAACGAAUGGAUCGUCACUGCAGCUCACUGCGUAAAAGGCUCAUUAGUACGGUACAUCUCGAUAAAGGCAGGAAUAUCGGAUUUAAAAAUGAGAGGUAUAAUGAUCCGUGCUAAGGAAAUUAUUGUUCAUGAGAAUUAUAAUCAUCAGACUUCCGAUUAUGAUAUCGCAUUGAUUCGAUUAGAGAAGUCACUUUAUUUUGGACACAAUAUGAGACCCAUCUCUUUAGCAAAAACUACGGAUCAGUAUACGGCAGGUUCCAAAGCUGUUGUGACAGGUUGGGGUGUUUUGAGAAAGAAUGGUGUGUUGUCCGAUAAAUUACGCGAAGUAAGAGUACCAGUCGUCUCGAAUAUAAAUUGUUCGUACUUGUAUACGGGUCGUGAGAUCACGCCAAGAAUGUUGUGCGCUGGUUAUUUAAAUGUUGGUGGGAGAGAUGCUUGUCAGGGUGAUAGUGGAGGACCAUUAGUACAACAAGGAAAACUAAUUGGCCUUGUAUCUUGGGGUUAUGGAUGUGCAGAACCAGCAUAUCCUGGGGUUUAUACGCGAGUAGCAGCUUUUAGGUCUUGGAUAGCUCAACAUGCUGGUGUAUGA